AUGUUUACCAGGAGCCCUAAUACUCUUGCCAGGGCCUUGCUUUUGGGACUACUCUUCCGUAAUCUCUCAGGGUCCUGGGCCCAGGUGCAACUGGUGGAGACAGGAGGAAAACUAACCUAUGAGGGCCAGAACUUGACCCUGACCUGUACAGCCUCAGGGCUCCGCUUUAAGGACUUUUCCUUUUCCUGGCACUGGAGCUCACUUGGAAGCUUCAAGGAGAUGGUGGCCAGUAUCACUGCUGGGACAGGUGACAUAAAGGAAUACAGGAAGGACAUUCAGGAUAGAGCCUUCAUUUUCAGGAACAAUGAGGCCAGCACAGUCUCACUGACUCUGCACCAUCUGCAGAAGAAGGACUCAGGCAUUUACUACUGUGCAAGACUCACCGGCUGCCAAGCCCUUUCAGAUAGGUGGGACGACUUUGGGCCAGGAACAGAAGUGACUGUGCUUCCAGAGGAUAAGAUCCAGCUGAAGGAAUUAGGAGGAGGUCCCUACCCACGCAGCCUGACCCUGAGCCUCAAGUGCCAAACCUCUGGCUUCCAAUUCAAGACAAGUAUAUUAGGCUGGUACCUUUGGAACCCUGGUCAUGCCCCUCGGUGGCUGUCCAGCAUUGACCAUACAUCUGCAGAAACCAAUGAAGGCCGCAUCAUCUCCUCCAGGGAGGACAGCAGCAGCCAGAUUUUCCUUCAGAUUAAGGGCCUGGGCCUCAGGGACUCUGGCCAUUAUCACUGUGCAAGGAGGGUAGGUGAUGGAGGCGACACAGACAAGCUGGUCUUUGGUCCUGGGACAGCUGUGACUGUAGAACCUGGACCUCGGAACCCUCUGUCACCCACUGUGUUCCUGGUGAGGAGUAAGGAUGCUGUGGCCUGCUUGGUCAGUGACUUCUAUCCCAAGGAACUCCACGUGUCCCUGGUCUCCCCUAGGACCUCAGUCUCAGCCCAGGCCCUCACUGUGGCUCCCACAGCCCAUGGAACCUACAGUGCCAUCCAUAUGGGCAGAGUUGGUGAGAACAAUUCAGUAACCUGCUCAGUGAAGCACCUUGGGAAAGAGACCCUUGUGUCCUACCCACCAGGUAUGAGCAGCCCCUGCCUGGGGACGGGGCAGUACUAA